AUGCUAGAGCAGCGAGCGCCUGGUACAAUUAUCCACUAUGCAGAUGUGUUCAACGGCGCGUCUUCUUUCCAAAAUCUGCCCAAACAACAUCUUGCUUAUACAAAGGAGUUCUUAAAGCUUUCCGAACAGUAUCCGGAUGGAAUCAACGUCGUCGCUUUUAGCCAAGGCGGACUGAUAGCUCGCUGCGUGCUCCAGUCAAAUCAACACAAUGUGCACACCCCCCUGAACGGUCAAUUCGGCGAAACCGACUAUCUCCGCAAAAAGUACAUAAAAGUCAACAAAUUCAAUUUGUAUAAAUAUUUGUACCGAAAACGUGGACAAUCACUUUCCAUCGCGAAUUACUGGCGCGACCCCUAUCACCUGGAUGAAUACGCGGCUGCUUCUGAAUACUUGGCUGUGUACAACGGCGAAACUCAGUGA